CUUGCUACCGAUGAUGGAUUAGUAGCACCAAACGUAUUGUCAGUCGCCCGUUGGAACAGAGAGACCCGUAUGGCAAUGGCAUUGGCAUGGAUGGUUUCGAUGCCCGAUCCCUAUAAACACACCGGACAACAGACCAAACCAUAGCGAGCGUGUCUAAGACCAGCGUGCCCUUGCCCAUUCCAACACAUAGCAACGGACAGCCCAAGUCUUAACCAAAGCCACACCAUCCUCUCCUCAGCUAGGUAGCCGUAGGCCAUGAGAGGUGGCGGAGCAAUGGAGUCGUCGUUGCUCGGAGCAAACCCGCGUCUCCUCUGCUGCCUCUUCCUCCUGUGGGCGCUCGCCGCCGUCGCCGAGGCCAAGACGGUGCACAAGCAAUGGGACAUCAGCUACCAGUUCACGCACUCGGACUGCGUGCGCAAGCUGGCCGUCACCAUCAACGGCCGCACCCCGGGCCCCACCAUCCGCGCCGUGCAGGGCGACACCGUGGUGGUCACCGUCAAGAACCUGCUGAUGACGGAGAACGUCGCGAUCCACUGGCAUGGCAUCCGGCAGCUGGGCACGCCGUGGGCGGACGGCACGGAGGGCGUCACGCAGUGCCCCAUCCUCCCGGGCGACGCCUUCGAGUACAGGUUCGUGGUGGACCGGCCGGGCACCUACAUGUACCACGCGCACUACGGCAUGCAGCGCUCCGCCGGGCUCAACGGCAUGAUCGUCGUCGCGGCCGCGCCGGGCAGCGCCGACGCCGAGCCGUUCGCGUACGACGGCGGCGAGCACGAGGUCCUCCUCAACGACUGGUGGCACAAGAGCACCUACGAGCAGGCCGCGGGGCUCGCCGCCGUCCCCAUCGUGUGGGUCGGCGAGCCCCAGUCGCUGCUCAUCAACGGGCGCGGCAGGUACAACUGCUCGGCCAUGGCGCCGGACGCCGCCUGCAACGCGACGCACCCCGAGUGCGCGGCGCAGGUGUUCGCCGUGGUGCCCGGCAGGACGUACCGCUUCCGCAUCGCCAGCGUCACCUCCCUCUCCGCCCUCAACUUCGAGAUCGAGGGGCACGAGAUGACGGUGGUGGAGACGGACGGGCACUACGUGAAGCCGUUCGUGGUGAAGAACCUCAACAUCUACUCGGGCGAGACCUACUCCGUGCUCAUCAAGGCCGACCAGGACCCCAACCGCAACUACUGGCUCGCCUCCAACGUGGUGAGCCGCAAGCCCGGCACGCCCACCGGCACCGCCGUGCUCAGCUACUACGGCGGCCGCAGCAGCCCGCGCGCGCCGCCGCCCACGGCGCCGCCCGCCGGCCCGGCGUGGAACGACAGCGCGUACCGCAUCCGCCAGAGCCUCGCCACGGUGGCGCACCCGGAGCACGCGCACCCGCCGCCGCCGCGCGCCGACCGGACCAUCCUCCUCCUCAACUCGCAGAACAAGAUCGACGGCCGAAUCAAGUGGGCCAUCAACAACGUCUCCUUCACGCUGCCGCACACGCCCUACCUGGUGGCCCUGAAGCACGGCCUGCUGGGCGCCUUCGACCAGUGCCCGCCGCCGGAGACGUACAACCACACGGGGUACGACGUGUACGGCGUGCAGGCGAACCCCAACGCCACCACCAGCGACGGGCUGUACCGGCUGGCGUUCGGGUCCGUGGUGGACGUGGUGCUGCAGAACGCCAACAUGCUGGCGCCCAACAACAGCGAGACCCACCCGUGGCACCUCCACGGCCACGACUUCUGGACGCUCGGGUACGGCGUGGGGCGGUUCGACCCGGCGGUGCACCCAGCCACCUACAACCUGAGGGACCCCGUGAUGAAGAACACGGUGGCGGUGCACCCCUUCGGCUGGACGGCGCUGCGGUUCCGGGCCGACAACCCCGGCGUGUGGGCCUUCCACUGCCACAUCGAGGCGCACUUCUUCAUGGGCAUGGGCGUCGCCUUCGAGGAGGGCAUCGAGCGCGUCGGCGACCUCCCGGAGGAGAUCAGGCGCUGCGUCAGCACCAAGGGCGGACACCACUAACCGAUCGCGAUGAUCAAACGUGCGUGAUGAUCGUGUGGAAGUUCCGUAACAUUGGCUCCGUGCAUUCAUUCAUUUGUUCCAUCCAUAUUAGUACCACAAAAUUCCUAUUAGUAAUGCAUUGUUCUUCUUCUUCUUUUCUGUGUGGGUGUGAUGCAUUCACUAGUAUUGAUGUACUAUCAACCGCAAAAAAGAAAAUGUUGUCACUUGUAUGUUGUAUAUAGAUUUUACGGUGAGCAAAAUGCUAA